UCUCUGAGGAGGCAGCAGCUUCUCAGGACGCAGCAGCUCCCCUGGGUGAUUCUGGCCUGUUCCUGGCAAGGAAACUUAAGAUGUGGAAGCAGCAGGAGGCGAAUGCCCAUGGGCGGCCCCAGCAGGGGCAGCCACUGCUGUACAAACGGCAUGGGCCAGCAGCAGGGCAGGGCCAUGGCCUGCCACCCGUGCAAGCCGCACGUGGUGCGCCGCUCUGCGCUGCGACCCAGCCGUCAUGGAAGCACCUGGGGCACUCUGAGACAGAGGAGCUCAUCAAGGUGCAGGUAGGGCAUGGGGGCAACACCUGCAGCGAUCUGUUUGCAGGCCUGGGCCCGUAUCUGCGGGAGAACAGGUCCAUCGAGACCACCCCGAGAACCUCCAAGUGGCUAAGUGCCCACCAGGAGGGGCAGGGAAUUCCUUCACCAGCCAAGCAAACUGCACGUCGCAAGUGGCUGUGCCCAGAGGAUGAGGAAGCUUUGGUGCGUCGUCUGCGUAAAAAGAGGAAGGAGCUGGAGGAGAUGGAAGACAAAGUCUAUGAAGAGAUGUUUAGAGCCAUCUUCUCCUCCCUGGACGACCAAGAAAGACCCAUGAAGUCCAAGUACAUCCUCAGCGAUGCGUCAAGCCUCACCCUGGAGCCAGCUGCAGGCCCCUCGGUCCCGCACAGCAUUUGCAGUGUGACCAAUGACGCUGCAGGAGAGACACAAACCGGCUCAGAGCUUGUGUCUCUUGACCAGUUGUUGGCCGACCUGUGCCCUGUCAUGGAAAACUCGCUGUCUUGCAAUGCUCUCGUCAAGGACACCGCAGAUGAGGCAGAAAACAACAUGGAGAUUGCACAUGCUGACCUCUUGGAAGGCCUGUGCUCUGUCUCUGGCAAUUCACCAUCUGGCGCCUCUCUCGACGAGCUCCUGGAAAUGUGGGAGGAAGAGGAGCUCCAUGACAGAGCAGCGGUAGGAGAGAGUGACAGCAAGCCAGAGAGCCUGUUGUCUCUCCCACUGCAAGAGGAUGAAGCAGAACCACCAGCUUCUCCCAUAGACAGCGAACCCUGCAUCCAGCACCACAGCCAACCUCUCCGCACGGCAUUGCUCGAAGACUCAAAUAUGUCUGUGAGUUGUGCUUUGCCUGCUGGCCAUGCGGAGGAGGCCAACAAAGCAGGCACGGAAACUGGCCGUGCUCAGGCCGCCCCUCCCCAGGAAAAGCCCAGCAGGGAUGAGCCGCCGGCAGGAGCUUGCCCGGCGCCUGCCCAGCCCCUGGCCCGCAGCGUUCCUGCCUGCCCCGCUGGCAGCGCAGCCGUCCCGCAGCCCCCGGCCCCACAGCGAUGGCGCUCCAUGGCCAAGAGGGCCCGGCGGGCUCUGCGCCGCCUUUUCUCCUGCAGCUGCCUCAGGGGGCAGCCGGAGGAGUGAGCCCGGGGCCAGCAUCGGGACGGUCACCAAAGAUGCCGGCUCAUCCUGAAGAUGCCCAGCUCCCAGGGGCAGUGGCAGCUUCCAGAGGCAACAGCACCAAGGAGAGAAAAACAUUUGAAUGCAUGGAUAGAUGGAUGGUGCCCAAGGCUGCCACUUGCCAAAGGGAAACGCCUCUUUGGAUACCUGCAACAGGGCCUGGAGAAAGGUGUUAACCCCAGAACAACAACCGGGGGAAACUCACUUCCACAAGAACUACCAGAACCCCCAGUGCAGAAGCACAGAGUGAGGAAGAACCAAUGAGACUGCUGGAACCAAGCAUCUUGGACAGUCCUCUGCUUGAUCCCUUGCCCACCCCAGCCCUACUCUUUCCCACACCCCAGCACCACUGGUCUUCCCCAUCCCACCCCAGUCUUCAACUUCUCUCCCUUUGUCACUCUCCUCUGCCCCAUCCAUAUAACUCCACCCCACAUAUCUUGUAAAAUAAAAUCCCCAUUGUUAACUUC